UUUUGUUCUUUUUAAAGGUAUUUACUUGUUUGUAUUUUCUUAAAGAAUUACUUUUAAUUUUAUAGUUUUUAUAUUAUUUUGUUAGGUAAUAAAUAAUAAAAAUAAUUAAUAUGGAGAAAUGUGACAUUGGAAAAAGUCUUAACAUUCAUUGCCACAAAAUUGGAUUUUCAAGAAAACAAGGUUUUGUUCAAUUUAAAGAUCUUCCUUGUGAAAAACAAGAAGAAAUAAUAUGGCGAGCAAAUUUAAAGGAAAAAUAUAGUUCAAUAAGAAUUAUAUGUUGUUAUCAUGAGCAAUUCUAUGGAAAAUAUUUUGAGAGAAAAAUUACAAAGUGUUGCAAUCCUUUUGGAACACACAAGGAAAGUAAAAAAAUUGCUAUAAAAGGUAAUAUAAAGAUUUCCAUAGACAUGGCAAACUAUUUGCAAAAAAAUAAUGUUUAUGUAACCCCAGGUUGGAAAUUCUGCAGUAAAUGUUACAAAAAAGCAAUAGAAACUGAUGAAGAUUUAAAUUCACAGGAGGAAUGGGAAUCAAAAAGUGAGACAAAAAAUUAAGUUAGAUACCACCAUAGAAUUGCUUGGAAUCUCACCGGUCAAAAUAAAAAGUCUUUCAAAACACAGCAAAUUGCCUGUAGCAAAACAAAAGUUUGAGAACACUAUUGACAGAGUUGCAAAAAUGGUCUCAAUA